AUGGAAAAUACUACAGAUAACAACAUCGACAAAAAUCCCAACAAGAUCACCUUACCCUCAAUCCGAGAUUUGGGCCCAGACUUGUCUCCAUCGCCGCCGCAACUUCCGCUUCCGAGAGUGGGCCUGCCUCGAAUAUCAGCGCCUUCCAGAUCACCCGAUCAGUCGACCCUUCCUCCCCCAUCUCCUUACCUGAUCUCCUCGCCCUACCCGCCCCCACGGCAGUACGCGGCUUCUCCCCAGCACCCGUACCCCGUUUCUCAUCCCCACUACAUCUCUGCAUACCAAGAGCCGAUCGACUACCGUCCUCACCCUGGCCCGAACUACUACAUGCCUCCGGCGCCCAAUAGUCAGCCCUACGCCAUGGGACACUCGCAGAUGGUGCUUCCGCCUCCCGCCCAGGUCUCGUCGCGGUACGUCUCCAAAUCCAGCAGCGCGUGGAGCCCUGAAGACGACAAGCUACUGAGAAUGCUGAAGGAGGAAAAGAACUACGGCUGGAGAGAAAUCGCCUCGUAUUUUCCCAACAGAACGAUCAACGCGUGCCAAUUUCGCUGGCGACGGCUCGUGGUGGGCGUGGCCGGCAAGAAGAACCCGGACGGAUCUGUUUCGCCCAAGAGCGCGCGCUCGAAACUGCGCUCUCGUGAGAGUGAGGACUCGGACACAGAAAGGGCCAAAGAAGACGAAAAGGACAAAGACAAGCACAAAGACAUAAAGGCGGCCGACCUCAAGCGGCUGCUCAACUAA